UCUGUGAUUUCUGUGUUCUGUGAUUUAAAAAUUAAAAAUGGCUACUAUUCAUAUACAAAGCGGGAAAAAUAAUAUUGAUCAUAGCUUAAAAUAUAGUAAUAUACAAAGUGUCCCUUUUAAAAUUCAUGCUGAUUGUGACGCUAAAGUAACCAAAUAUUUUGAUAAAUAUGUUAAAACCCAAGAGAACGGAACUUUCACUGGUUCAUUUAGGGGAUGCCCACUCCGAGGAAAGAAGGUAGAAAUUCCCGAAAGCUAUGUAGGCCUAGUCUUACACGAAAGUAUUAAACCUUCCAGGGAGAAGGACGAACGCAAAUUCUAUAUAAUUAAUAAUUUUAAUGAAAUAACAUUUUGGAACUGGGAUAAAGUAACUAGUGAUAAUGACUCGAUUACGCAAGCCUUGCAGUGGAUCGACAUUGCUGAAGCUCUACACAGUCCGAUUUUGGAAGAAUGACACAAACUUUAUUAACCAUCUGGUGCCUUACGUGAAAUGGACCGUGCCUAGUUGGUUUGUUAUAGUUUUCAUUAUAAUCUUUAUGGUAAUUACACAUCUGAUACACAAUAUAUUGUCAAUUUUUAUAAACUGUUUAAUAAAAUACGAAAGCGUGA